AUGAGCAAGCGCGAAAAGUCGGAUCCGUCGACAACGCCCGAUACGAUGACGCAUACAGCACCAGCAUCGCAACCAGUAGAAACAGCAACAACUGGCACCAGAAAGCACUCCGUAGGCAACAGUGCAGUCGACGAAACACUGUACUAUCCUCCACCCACUUCGUCGUACUACUUUGGACCACCAGAUUCGAGUCGAGCGUUUGGCCAACAAGUCACUGGCAAACCAGGCGUACACGUCCCAAAGGAGAUCGUCCGCAUCGAGCGCGACUAUUCGUCGGGUGAGCUACCCCAGUUUCACUCGAGCUUCCCACUGGAACUUGAAGGUCGAAUCUCACCAACCACAUUCAGCGAACUCAUCAACGACAUCAAUACGCUUCUCAUUAAAGCACACAAUCCAAGACGCACUUGGAUCGACAACACGUUUGCCAUUCUCACCUUCUACAUCUCGACUCUCCUGUUCGGCAGCCAUCAUCAACGCACCAUGGCCGAAUUGGACAGCUGCAUCGAAAGCUGCAAUCGCCAAACACUGCAUCCAGCCGGACUCAGCUUGGUCAACCCCAGAAAGACGGCUUUCUUGUUCAUCGAGUUGGAGUACUUCUAG